UUCGUUCCCAAAAAAGCAGGCUUGCGUAAUUUUUCGUCUGCGCUCUUUUUUUUACUUAUAAUUGCAGAUAUGGCCACUUUGGAAGAUAAAUCGCUGUGGGAAAACCAGGAAGAAGUCGACGAUAUUGGACAGGAAAUCUUACGUCUUGCUCCCGAAGAAAUUCAUAACAGAACGCGACUUCUUGAAAAUGACAUUAAGGUCAUGAAGUCGGAAAUUGUUCGCUUGCAGCAUGAGCAGGCCGCUAUGAAGGAAAGAAUUAAAGAUAAUAAAGAAAAGAUCAAGAUGAACAAGCAACUUCCGUACCUUGUUGGCAAUGUAGUAGAGCUCUUGGACGUCGCACCGGAAGAGGAUGAGCACGAGGAAGAAGGUGCUAAUGUGGAUCUCGAUUCACGACGUAAAGGCAAAUGUGCCGUCAUCAAAACAUCCACACGCCAAACCAUUUUCUUACCUUUGAUCGGUUUGGUGGAUCCGGAUGAACUGAAACCUGGCGACAUCAUCGGUGUGAAUAAGGACAGCUACUUGAUUCUCGAUACAUUACCCGCAGAAUAUGAUUCCCGAGUAAAAGCCAUGGAAGUCGACGAAAAACCAACGGAAGAUUACAACGAUAUCGGUGGUUUGGAUAAGCAGAUCGAGGAACUGGUGGAAGCCGUCGUACUCCCCAUGACUCACGCUGAUCGAUUCAAAAAUAUUGGUAUCAAGCCUCCCAAGGGUGUCCUGAUGUAUGGUCCUCCUGGUACAGGCAAGACAUUGUUGGCUAGAGCUUGCGCAGCACAAACCAACUCAGCAUAUUUGAAACUGGCCGGUCCACAGCUGGUGCAGAUGUUCAUUGGUGAUGGUGCAAAAUUGGUGCGCGAUGCUUUUAAUUUGGCAAAGGAAAAAGCGCCUGCAAUUAUCUUUAUCGAUGAAUUGGAUGCUAUUGGUACAAAACGUUUCGACUCUGAAAAAUCUGGUGAUCGCGAAGUGCAACGUACCAUGUUGGAACUCUUAAAUCAGUUGGAUGGUUUCUCUUCAGACGAUCGUAUCAAGGUCAUUGCGGCCACCAACCGUAUCGAUAUUCUCGAUCCCGCCUUACUUCGAUCAGGACGUUUGGAUCGUAAAAUUGAAUUCCCCCUGCCAAACGAAGAAGCGAGAGCCCGCAUUAUUCAAAUUCAUUCGAGAAAGAUGAACGUCAGCAAAGAUGUCAACUUUGAAGAACUCUCGAGAUGCUGUGAUGAAUUCAAUGGCGCUCAAUGCAAAGCUGUUUGUGUGGAGAGUGGCAUGCUUGCGUUACGUAGAGGUUCAGUAGAGAUUUCACAUGAAGAUUUCAUGGACGCUAUCCAGGAAGUGCAAGCAAAGAAGAAGAUGUCCCUGCAAUACUAUGCUUAAAAGUAUGGUUACAGAAAAAUAAAAUGUUCCAAUUCGUGUCAUAUCA